CUCUCUCUCUCUCUCUCUCUCUCAGUUUCCCCCUCCUCCCCAGCCCUCCCUUCCCACGCCCCACUGCGCUGUGGGAUAGUGGCACUAUAAAGUAUAUCCUCUCUCGGAGAAAGAUAAGAAGCCCGAGACAGGAGGGGGAUGAAGAUGGCGGACGCCAAGCAGAAGCGGAAUGAGCAGUUAAAGCGAUGGCUUGGCUCGGAAACGGACCAGGAGCCUCCUGUUUUGAGAAAGAAGAAGGCGAAGGUGAAGUUCGAUGAUGGCGCCGUGUUUCUGGCCGCCUGUUCAAGCGGUGAUACCGAGGAGGUGCUCCGAAUGCUUGACCGGGGCGCUGACAUCAACUACGCCAAUGUAGACGGACUCACCGCCCUCCACCAGGCAUGCAUAGAUGACAAUGUUGACAUGGUGACUUUCCUGGUGGAGCAUGGGGCCUGCAUCAACCAGCCUGACAAUGAGGGCUGGAUCCCCCUCCAUGCUGCAGCUUCCUGUGGAUACCUAGACAUAGCAGAAUAUCUCAUCAGCCAGGGUGCCAAUGUAGGCGUUGUAAACAGUGAGGGGGAGACACCUCUAGAUAUUGCAGAAGAGGAGGCAAUGGAGGAGCUCUUGCAGAAUGAGAUCAACCGGCAAGGGGUUGAUAUCGAGGCAGCCCGGAAAGAGGAGGAGCGCAUCAUGCUGAGGGAUGCCCGGCAGUGGCUCAACAGCGGCCAGAUCCAAGACGCGCGGCAUGCGAAAUCUGGAGGGACGGCACUUCAUGUAGCUGCUGCGAAAGGAUACGUUGAGGUUUUAAAGCUUUUAAUCCAAGCAGGGUAUGAUGUAAAUAUUAAAGACUACGAUGGCUGGACUCCUCUACAUGCAGCAGCACACUGGGGCAAAGAGGAGGCCUGCAGGAUACUGGUUGAGAAUCUGUGUGACAUGGACAUCAUGAAUAAAAUGGGUCAGACUGCUUUUGACGUGGCAGAUGAAGAUGUUCUGGGAUAUUUAGAAGAACUACAGAAAAAACAAAAUCUGCUGAUGAGUGAGAAGAAAGAUGUUAAGAAAUCUCCUUUGAUUGAAACAACUACCACAGGGGACAACAAUCAAUCACUGAAGCCAAUCAAGAGCAAAGAAACGCUGCUUCUGGAGCCCGAGAAGAGUGCUCCUCGCAUUGAGACCUUAGAACCUGAAAAGGUGGAUGAAGAAGAGGAGGGCAAAAAGGACGAAUCAAGCUGCUCUAGUGAAGAUGACGAGGAAGAAGAUUCAGAAUCAGAGACUGAAGCAGAAAAGGGUAAGCCUUCAGCAGCAGUAAGCAACAGCACAACGCCAACCAGCGUCACGGUGUCCUCUCCAACUAGCCCGACUAGCCCAACUAACCAGGUGACGACCCCCACUUCACCAGUUAAAAAGGUCAUUCAGCCUGCUGGAAAGGUCUCAACUAAAGUGGAAGAGGAGAGGAAGGACGAGUCUCCAGCGUCGUGGCGUUUGGGUUUGAGGAAGACGGGCAGCUAUGGAGCGCUGGCAGAGAUCACAGCCACCAAGGAGGCUCAGAGGGAGAAGGAUACCACUGGGGUGAUGCGGUCAGCCUCAAGUCCCCGUCUCUCCUCAUCUCUGGACAACAAAGACAAAGAGAAGGAAAAGGAUAAAGGAACCCGGCUUGCCUAUGUGGCUCCGACCAUUCCGAGGAGGCUGGCCAGUACUUCAGACAUUGACGAGAAGGAAAACAGGGACUCUACUGCUCUGAUACGUAGCGGCUCCUACACCCGACGACGCUGGGAUGACGACCUGAAGAACAGUGAAGGAAGUGCCUCCACUAACAGAACUCCCAGCUACCAGCGCAGCACUUCCCAUACGCUAGGGCGGAGCGGCAGCACGCGGGACGUGCCAGCCAAGUCUUCGUCAACCUCCAACUUGGACCCUAACACCUGUAAUACUAAACCCUGGCAGCCACCUUCCUCCCACUACCAGUCUUACAGCAUUUACCGCAGCGGCUCAUUUGGCAGACGACACGAGGACUUGAGCUCCUCAACCACUUCCUCCUCCACGACCACCUCCACCUCCUCAUCUGUUACCUCGCCCACAGGCCAUCGCGGCCUGCUCUCAAGCCUGGGCUCCUCCUCCACUCGCACUGGCUCCACCAGUCUCACCAGCAGGUACUGGUCAGAAGAGAGUGCAGAGAGGGAAAGGGAGAAGGAGAAGGAGUCGGCUGCUGUCGUCCCCACUAUAAACACUGGCUCUACUACGACCACCACGUCUACCACUACCACCACCGCCAUAUCUACCACUACCACCACUACCACUGGCACCGAAAGACGCAGGUCAUACUUGACUCCAAAGCGAGAUGAGGAGGCAGAGUCUCAGAGGAAAGCUCGCUCCAGGCAGGCUCGACAGACAAGGAGGUCCACCCAGGGUGUGACUCUUACUGACUUGCAAGAGGCCGAGAAAACAAUCGGCAGGAGUCGUGCCACAAAGACUUGGGAGGAGGAGAAAGAGGAGAAGGAGAAGCAGGACAAGGAAAAGCAAGAGGAGAAGACGGAGACGAAGGAGGACGAUUACCGAUCUAAGUACCGCACCUACGAAGAGCGUUCCAGGCCUUCAUCUUCUUCCACCUCCACCAUUUCCACAGUCAGCACUGCCUCCACCCCUUCCUACUCUAGCACCACGUCCUCCAGCACUAGCUCCCUCAACAGGCCUAACAGUCUGACGGGGAUCACCUCCUCCUAUAGCCGUUCCUCCAGAGAUACAGAGAAAGAAACAGACAAGAAGGAGGAGGAAAAGGAGGGUGAGGACAAGUCUCAGCCCCGCUCCAUACGGGAUCGCAGGCGGCCCCGCGAGAAGAGACGUUCCACUGGGGUCCCCUUCUGGAGUCAGGAUGGUGAUGAAAAUGACCCCGACCAACAGUCCGACUCAGAGGAGGGCAACGCCAAGGGAGAGACACAGAGUGACCGAUUGUUCAGGAAUGAGAGCACUUCAUCCUCGGAUCGUAAUGACGCCCUUUUUACCCGUAGCUACAGUGAGAGUCGAAGGCCAUAUUCCAGCCAACUGGAUAAAGAUGACGCCAUUGACUACAAGAAGCUCUACGAGCAAACAUUAGCUGAGAAUGAGAAAUUGAAGGCCCAGUUACGUGAGACAGACCUGGAGCUGGCAAACUUGAAGUUACAACUAGAGAAGGCCACACAGAGGCAGGAACGCUACGCUGACCGAUCACAGCUUGAGAUGGAGAAAAGGGAAAGAAGAGCUCUAGAAAGGAAGAUUUCUGAGAUGGAGAAGGAACUUAAGAACCUCCCCCAGGUAAAGCAGGUUCAGGCCCUACGCCAGGUUAAGGAGCGGCUGCAGGCUGAGAACCGGGCCCUGGCCCGCGUGGUGGCAAAGCUCUCGCAGUCGGCCUGCAGCCAGCUGCCCACCGUCGACCUCUAGGCCACGUCCGUUUGUCUGCCACCAUCUCCUCCUCUUCCUCUGCUUCUUCUC